CUUUAAAAACCAGCCAUUACCCGGCUUGACGCCAUUGAAGCCGUUGCUGCACAGAAGUCUUUUGGCGGGCACAUUUUUUUCUACAAUUUUAUUAUUUUUAUAAAAAUUAAUAACGUUUACUAAUAAAAUUAUUGUAAAAAUGGGUGACAAAGAUGGUGAAACUUUCGAUGAUGCGGUUGAGGAACGUGUAAUUAAUGAAGAAUACAAGAUCUGGAAAAAAAAUACUCCAUUUUUGUAUGACUUGGUGAUGACCCAUGCUCUGGAAUGGCCAUCACUGACUGCCCAGUGGCUUCCAGACGUGACCAGACCCGAAGGCAAGGAUUACUCAGUUCACCGGUUGAUACUGGGCACUCAUACGUCGGACGAGCAAAACCACUUGCUGAUAGCCAGUGUCCAGUUGCCAAACGAAGACGCACAGUUCGAUGCCUCCCACUAUGACAACGAGAAGGGAGAAUUCGGUGGGUUCGGAUCAGUGAGCGGAAAAAUUGAGAUCGAAAUUAAAAUAAACCACGAGGGCGAGGUCAACCGGGCUCGUUACAUGCCACAGAAUCCUUGUGUCAUUGCUACCAAGACACCUUCCAGUGAUGUCCUUGUCUUCGAUUACACGAAACAUCCCAGCAAACCUGAUCCCAAUGGCGAAUGUCAUCCAGACUUGAGAUUACGCGGACAUCAAAAAGAAGGCUAUGGACUUUCAUGGAAUCCAAAUUUAAACGGGUACCUGCUGAGUGCAUCAGACGACCACACAAUUUGUCUGUGGGACAUUAACGCAACGCCAAAAGACAACCGUGUUGUUGAUGCGAAGACAAUAUUCACUGGACACACUGCAGUUGUAGAGGACGUUGCGUGGCAUUUGUUGCACGAAUCACUCUUUGGAUCUGUCGCUGACGAUCAGAAGCUCAUGAUCUGGGACACCAGAUGCAACAAUACGAGCAAACCGAGUCACACAGUAGAUGCUCAUACAGCAGAAGUAAACUGCCUAAGCUUCAAUCCUUACUCAGAAUUUAUUCUGGCCACUGGCAGUGCUGAUAAGACUGUCGCACUGUGGGAUUUGAGAAACUUAAAAUUAAAAUUGCACUCGUUUGAGUCACACAAGGAUGAAAUUUUCCAAGUACAGUGGUCACCGCACAAUGAAACUAUUUUAGCUAGUAGUGGAACCGACAGACGUCUUCAUGUUUGGGAUUUAAGUAAAAUUGGCGAGGAACAAUCGAGUGAAGAUGCUGAAGAUGGUCCUCCAGAAUUAUUGUUCAUUCAUGGUGGACAUACCGCUAAAAUAAGCGAUUUUUCAUGGAAUCCAAAUGAACCAUGGGUUAUUUGUUCAGUAUCUGAGGAUAACAUUAUGCAGGUUUGGCAAAUGGCAGAAAAUAUUUAUAAUGAUGAGGAACCAGAUACACCCGCCAGUGAAUUAGAAGCUGGCGCACCUUAAGUUAUCAUUUUUUUUUUUUUUUUAUUUCUAUUUAAAUUAUAAUUCUUUCCCUCCUUCCUCACUCUUCAUUUUAUUUUUUUAAAUUCGUUAUUUUUUUUCGUAACUUGUGACCAUUUUACCCCACAAUUAAAAAAAUUUUCAUUUCCUUAUUUCUUUUUUUUUUUUUUUUUAAACAGUGAAGAUUUUUUUUCUGUAUUUUUUCUAUGUAGUAAUUAAGACAUUAUUAUUAUUAUUAUUAUUAUUAAAUUUAUUAUUAUUAUUAUUAAUAUUAUUAAUAAAUCACAAUUUAAUUA